UACAGCCUGCCUGUUUUGGCAGUGUGUCCCCAGUGUCGCUCCCGAGUGAGGCAGACCCGGGGAUGCGGGCAGGGGCCAGCCUGCACCCCGCCACUGCGGCUGGGGCAGCCAAGGGGCGACCGACCGUGGGGGCGCUGGGGGCUGCGUUACUGAAAGGGCGUCUGAGCCGCUUCUCUCUCUCCCUCCAUUAGCUCCGGGAGGAUAAAACUGAGAAGUUACUCCAGAAUAAAUGACAACUUUUUAUUCCUUUUCCCAUUUGUCGGGACACGAAGCUUUCACCAGAGGGACCUGUCCGUCUCCAGGCUGCCUCUUGCAAAGGGUUCCCAGAGCAGCAUUCAUCACCCUUCAAACUCCCUUUAUUCUCGGGAGCGUCUUCUCCGAGAGCUGCACGGACGAGAAAAGCCACCGUAUCCUGGCCAGGCUGUGCCUCGACUACAGCAGCGGAGCCCUGACUGGGGACCUCUGUGAAGACCUGUGUGUGGCACAGAAGCUGGUGUACAAACACUGCCUGUACUAUGACAGCGGUAAGAAGGUCAUCCAGGCUGAUUGGAGAGGCCAGCCCAUCAUACUGAAAUCCAAAAAAGAAAGCUUUUCGAGCUACCAGCACCUCAGUAUGCUAGAGGAGGUGGAAACACAGGAUAUCCCCGAAACAGAGCUUCUGCUUAUGGUAGCUUUGGAGGUCAAAAAUGCCUUGGGGCUAGAACUGUCUAACAAUACCAUGGGGCCCCUGUGGACAAGGAAGAAGGGACCACGUUGGAAAGCACAGGUGGCCAGCAUGUGGUCCUUGCUCCAGCAGGAAGAAUAUAUCUACUUCAGUUUGCUGCAGGACUUCAGCAAACAUGUGCUACGAAUUAUUGGCUCUUGUGGACACUUUUAUGCUGUGGAGUAUCUCACAGCUGGACAUGCCUGGCACAAAACUCUUUUCCCCUUGGAAAACGUGAUGGGCCCCUCCCUUAGUGGCCACAGGAGUAGGGUGAGAGCCAUCAUUGACAUUGCACUCAGCUUUCUGGACAUGGUGCAGCACUUUGAUAACGAUUUCUCUCACCGCCUUCACCUGUGCGACAUCAAACCAGAAAACUUCGCUAUCAGGCACGAUCUCACGGUGGUGGCCAUUGAUGUGGAUAUGGCCUUUUUUGAACCCAAAAUGAGAGACAUCUUGGAACAGAAGUGCACAGGAGACGAAGAUUGUAAUUUCUUUGAUUGCUUUUCAAAAUGCAAUCUGAAAAUCAGAAAAUGUGGAGCACAGAGAGCCAAUAACAACUUGCAAGUCAUUUGUGACAAGAUAUUCCGCCGCUGGUUUUCCCCCAGUCUCAGAGGAGCGCUGGUGUCCCUGCCCCUGCAGCUGCAGCUGCAGAAAGCCGUGCAGGAGUGUGCUCAGCCGGGGCCCACGGGUGCCACGGGGCACCAGGGGGCUCUGAAAUCCCUCUCGGAGCUCUACCACCUGCUGAGGGUCACCCAGCGGGAGCUGCAAGGGCCAGGGUAGGCACAAAGGGCAGCGCAUCCUGCACAGGCCGCACCCCACCUCUCUGCCGCCCUCCUAACCCUGGAUUUUACAGCACAGAGAUUGCUUUUCUGCUAUGCAAAUGAAGUUCAUAGCUGCAGGUGCAGCACGUCCUGAUGAAACCCUCUAAAAUGUUAAAUUGCUUUACAUGGAUUCUGUUCUUGCUUGUUCUCCGGAGGAAGCACUGCCCCUCUCCAUCAGCAUACAGCACAUCCUUCUGGGCUGCAGUCGCUGCUCAGAUAGCAUCUGUCUGAGGGUGCUGCUCAGAGGAUGGAUGCACUGACAGAAGAAAAGUGUAAGUGCAGCAAAACUCGAUCAAUAAUUAAAAGAAUGGGUGGGUGGGUGUGAAUAAGUACAUGCAAGGUGUUUGUUUUAGUUUCUCUGUCAAAUGAGGUGAGUUUUUACAGUAGAUACAGAGCAUUUUGUGUGGGGAAAAAAAAAAAAAAAAGAGGGGAUCUCAAACAGGGAAAUGUGCUGUCACACAAGGAAAGAGUUGCUUUUGUAUAAAGCAGUCCUUCCUGAUGUCCCCAAAUGCAUUUCCUCUGGGCCAUUGCAUUACCUGUGCCAUUGCUGACUCUUUUGGGGAAAAAUUAUAUAAAGGUACUUUGGACUUUUCUAGGGCAAAAUAAUUAUACCCCUGCUGAGCUCCCAUGUGGGUACUCAUAUUCUGCAGUGAAGAGGUAUGAAUAAUGCUGCUGGAUUUUCCCUUGUGAACAAGCCCUCAGGCACUUGUACAUCAGAGCACUUGAUAAGAAGCACUCCUUUGCCAGAGAGCAGAAUUGCCCAGGAAUGUCAACAAUCUGUCCUUUGCACAGAACAAUAUCCAGAGGCAGAGUUUUCUUCCAUGAUAUUUUUUUAAUGAACAAAAGGAAACUUUUUUGGUACAAAUUCAUUGUCUUGUGAUCAGUUAUGUAAAUAAAGAUCUCUAGAUUAACUUGAAA